AUGGAAUCCUUCAUAAAGUCAAGGGAAACACGACCUCAACUCCUCCAAAGCCUCCUCGCAGCUCUCCCUCCACUUGACAAGUCCCUUGAGGAGUUCCGCGACGUCGCGACUCUCCCCGAUGGCUACAAAAUUGAUCUCCAAGUCGUCCGCCCGCGCGGCGUAGACGAGUCAAACGCGGACCGGCCUCUCAUCCUCCUCUGGCCAGGUGGCGGUUUCAUCGUUGCCGGCGUCGAGCCGACGACCCGCCCCGCGCGGGAAUUCGCGCUCGAGUUCGGCGCUGUGGUGGUCAACGCGACUUACCGUCUCGCGCCUGAGAACAAGUUUCCCAGGUCCGUCAAGGACGGAUGGGAGACGGCAGUCUGGCUAUCGAAGAAUGCUAGUCGAUUCGGCGCGGAUAUUAGCAAAGGCUUUGUCGUUGGCGGGUGGUCUGCUGGCGCGAACAUUGCUUCGGUUGUCAGCCAGAGGUCUGGUGUCGAGGGACUGGGGAUUACCGGCACGCUUCUGGGCAUCCCGUUCUUACUUGUCGAGGAGAUUGUACCGGACAAGUACGCCAAGGAGUGGGUUUCCCGCGAGACCAACGCUGAAUGGAGCCCGACCUUCACUACCGCUGUCAUCAACGAUGUGUCGAAGGCGUUGCAGGCGGAGAUCAAGUCGCCAUGGUAUUCGCCGUUCAACGACCCUGAGGCCAUCCCAAAAUCACCCAAGGCUUAUAUACAGGUUGGCGAUCGAGACCCACUGAGGGAUGAUGGGUUGAUUUACGCAAAGAUUUUGAAGGAUAAUGGGGUUGAGUCGAGAGUUGAUAGCUAUCCCGACUGGGGGCAUCAGGGCUGGACUAUCUUUGCUCCUCAUGACCAACCUGCGGAGCUGGGACCGAAUACGAUGAAGGGGAUGCGGUGGCUGUUGGGGAAGGAGUAA